AUGUAUGACACAAUCAAGAAGCUGAACGAACUGGGUGCAAAGUGGCUGUACGUCAAGAACUGGCUCAACCAAGUUGUCUUGCUUUUCAGGUAUGCUGUGAUGGUUCAUCGGCUAUGCAAGCGCCCAUGGAAGGCCCUUGACCUUACUGGGAACUCAACCCUCUCACGACGAGUCCUAGGAUCAAAUGUUGAUUUGAAUUCCCAUUACACCGAUGGAACCCCAAAGGACGAUGCGUAUAUGGAAUACGAUCUUGGCUAUGCAGCCGGCGCUGGUCUCCCAAACUGGUUUGGACUUCUGUAA